AUGAAAGAUUCGGAAACGCGAGGUCGAAGAGCAAACCGGGGAAUUCUACAAGUUGGAUGGUUCAAGAAUGUUAUGGUUUCUAUGGGUGGACUGAUUUCACUGGGAGUUCAAAGGUGCAAGCAUAUCGUGGUUUUCAAAGGCGGUCUGGUUUUAUUUGGGACUUCGAAGGCGUCAUUUACUGAGAAUAAGACAACUUUGUACAUAACUCCCUAUUGUGCAAUGCGGCAUGAGUUUCACCUACAUAUGUAUGCGUGUAGCUAA